AUGGCAGCCGCCUCCUAUAUACGUCUUCACGAACGCUCCACACACAGACACAGAAACAGACAAAGACCCUCCACAACGUUGAACACUGGCCAGCUAGACCAUAGAACUUGCCUAUACCUCCGGCACCAUGUCCUCAAAGACAUCAAACCGGCAACUGACCUGGCGCUUAGUACGAAGAUUACUGCCUUGUGUGACGCGACAACCAGAGCUCAUCUGCCAAGCGUCGUGUAUGACAAGGGGUGGAAGGGGGUAUCUCGAAGGGAUACACCUACUGUGUACUCCCCUACCCGUAAGGGUCUCAAGCCGCUUCUGGCAAGGCAAGUCGAAGCACAUACAACCUACCGGUCAGGCUCCCAGGAACCGGGAACGACCAACCAGAUUCGGCAUAAGGCUCCCAAGAGAUACCAAGAGGUAUUCUGGGCUUGCUGCCUGGCUGCCACUCGCCGACCGAGGGAGGGUGGUAAGAGUCCCGCCGAGAUGGUCCGUCAUGUGAGCGACUACAUCCACCGGUGUUUGGUACCGGGUUGCAAGCAUGUCGGGGCCGGCCGAGCGGACAACUCAGAACACCGCAGAGCCGACGGGGCGGAUUUGGCCACACCCACAUCCCACGUUGUUCCACGCUUCCCACCCAGCAGGCUGGAGCAGGGCGAGGGUUGCUGGAUCGUGGCCGAGAACGAUCUCCUGCAUUUACGGCGUUUCAGUCUUGAUCAGCCUGAUGGAUCAUGA